CCUCAGUUUAGCACAUUUUACACGUCUCAGAGUGCUUUGGUCAUUACCAUUACAUCCCUUUUGUAAUUUCUUCCCUUUACUUGUUCAAAGACUGGAGCUUUUUCAUAGUAUUAAUUAAUUAUUCACCUGAAUGCUUUGAUCUGGGUGACAUCAAGAUUUGAUUUUUCAUGUAAAUUUGCAGUUUUUAGGGGUUUAGCUGAUCUGGGUCAUCUUUAUUUUUCUCCAUCUGAGGGAGGAAGUGAAGAUGAAGGUAGGGUUUUUAGUGUGUAUAUGGUUUGUGUUGUGUGGUUGUUGUAUGGGAAGAUUUGUGGUGGAGAAGAACAGCUUGAGAGUAACAUCACCAGACUCAAUCAAAGAGGUGUAUGAGUGUGCAAUUGGCAACUUUGGGGUACCACAGUAUGGAGGAACCAUGGUUGGUAAUGUUAUGUACCCAAAAACUAAUCAAAAAUCAUGCAAGAAUUUCUCAGAUUUUGAUAUCUUCUACAAAUCUAAGCCUGGUGGCAUGCCUGUUUUCCUUCUUGUUGAUAGAGGAGAUUGCUUUUUCACACUGAAGGCUUGGAAUGCUCAGCAAGCUGGAGCAGGUGCUAUUCUUGUUGCUGAUGACCGUGUUGAACCUUUAAUUACCAUGGACACCCCUGAGGAAGAGGAUGCAAAGGCAGAUUAUUUGCAAGAUAUAACUAUUCCAUCGGCUUUAAUUAGCAAAUCACUUGGGGAUAGCAUUAAGAAGGAACUAUCUAAAGGAGAAAUGGUUAACAUAAACCUCGAUUGGAGAGAGGCUCUUCCACAUCCUGACGAUCGAGUGGAGUACGAAUUUUGGACCAAUAGUAAUGAUGAGUGUGGCCCCAAGUGUGAAAGCCAGAGAGAGUUUGUCAAAAACUUCAAGGGGGCUGCCCAGAUACUUGAGCAGAAAGGUUAUACACAGUUUAGUCCCCAUUACAUAACUUGGUAUUGCCCGGAAGCGUUUAUUUUGAGCAAGCAAUGCAAGUCUCAGUGCAUCAACCAUGGAAGAUACUGUGCUCCAGACCCUGAGCAGGACUUCAGUAAAGGUUAUGAUGGAAAGGAUGUUGUUUUGCAAAAUUUACGUCAAGCUUGCUUUUUUAAGGUUGCAAAUGAAAGUGGAAAACCCUGGUUGUGGUGGGAUUAUGUCACUGACUUUGCAAUACGGUGUCCAAUGAAAGAGAAGAAAUACACAAAAGAAUGUGCUGAUCAAGUAAUCAAGUCACUUGGCUUUGACGUCAAACAGAUUGACAAUUGUGUUGGAGAUCCUGAAGCAGAUACUGACAACCCUGUUCUAAAGGCUGAACAGGACACCCAGAUAGGUAAGGGCGCUCGUGGAGAUGUGACUAUCUUGCCAACUCUCGUUAUAAACAAUAGACAGUACAGAGGUAAGCUGGACAAGGGAGCAGUCCUCAAGGCAAUUUGUUCAGGUUUUGAGGAGACAACCGAGCCUGCAAUUUGUUUAACUGAAGAAAUAGAAACAAAUGAAUGCUUAGAAUCAAAUGGUGGGUGCUGGCAGGACAAGGCUGCUAACAUUACAGCAUGCCAGGAUACUUUCCGUGGUAGAGUAUGUGAAUGCCCAGUAGUUCAGGGAGUAAAAUUUGUUGGUGAUGGUUAUACUCACUGUGAAGCAUCUGGAGCAUUGCGGUGUGAAAUAAACAAUGGAGGCUGUUGGAAGGGAACCCAAAAUGGCAGGGCAUAUUCUGCUUGCAUUGACGAUCACACAAAGGGCUGCAAAUGUCCACCAGGAUUCAAAGGGGAUGGAGUUAACAGUUGUGAGGGCAAAGAUGCCAAGUCAGAGUUCAGCUGGGGCCUUGUUUGGACUAUCAUCUUGGGUUUGGCUGUUGCAGGGGUUUCGGCAUAUGCUGUGUACAAGUAUAGAAUCCGGAGAUACAUGGACUCAGAGAUUCGUGCCAUCAUGGCACAAUAUAUGCCUUUGGAUCAAGGAGAGGGGGCAACUAAUGUUCCCCACGGGAACGUCUAAUGAUAGACCAUUACUGAAGAGUGAUGAUGGCUUGGGUAGAAUGCAGCCUCCACUGGAUGUCUGCCACCAGUUAGUCAGCCUAAAGUUCUUUGUGCCAAUCAUCAUCGAAACAAAUUACAUCUUAUUUAUGUACAUGUAUGUCCCAACAAUGCACAUAAACCCAAUAAAAGGAAUUGUCCUUGAAUUGGAUUUGCGCAUGAUGUUUGACUUCUAAUAAUAAGGAAAUGCGCAAUAUCAGUUUGUAUUCCACUUGAAAGCAUCAUUUUGCAUUGCACAAUAUGGUAUGAAUGGAUGGUAAGGUGUCAUAUUAUGCCAUCACUUCCUGUUUUGGAGUGAGGCAUGAUUAGUUAAUUGAUUGA